CCUAGCAAAAUACCAAACGCUGCCUAAACCUAUGAACCAAAAAACUAUAUAAUUACCUAACUCUGCUUCUCCGUAUGAUCAAAUCCAUUUUGUUUCUUGACUCAGUGAGUCAAACUGCCAUUCCUCGACUUUUUAAUUUAGAAUUAGAAAGAAUGUUUUGGAUAUACGACUCCCUCGACUCUAGCUGUUGCCUAUCUUGAUUUCUUUCCUUAUUAAAGAAAUUGGGAAAUAAGCUCCCGAGAGACUCAAGCAUUUUCCUUUCACUUGAUGCAUGCUAAAAUCGCAUAAAAGCAUUUUCGUUUUGAUUCAGUUGGAUACAAGUUUGAAAUGGAGGAGUUGUUGCAGAACCAUUUGUUUGCAACUCAUGCAAUUGCCGCUUCAGGUUCUGUGGUAUUCGCCUCUGCCCUUACUUACCCUCUUGACACUGUCAAGUCACUUAUUCAGGUUGGUUCAGGUUCCAGUAAGCAAUUGACUGCCUCUCAGGUUAUAAAUCGAGUUCGAGCUUUGUCAGGAAUUUCAGGUUUGUAUAGUGGCUUUGAGUGGUUGGCCUGGGGAAGAACUUUGGGUUUGGGAGCUCGCUUUGGAAUAUAUGAAGUUUUGACAGCCUUCUGUAGAGAUGGUCGAGAAGACAAUUUUGUGUACAUCUCUGAGGCCCUUAUGGCAGGGAUGGCAGCUGGUGCUGUGGAGUCACUGACAAGCUCCCCUUUUGAACUUAUUAAACUUCGCGCACAAGUGACCUCUGCUUCUCGCUUUUCAAGAUCGACUCCAGUAACAGAAAAUAAAGCUGUUGUGCCAGCAAUUGCCCGAUUACUGUGUGGAUAUACUCCAGACAUGAGGACAUUGAACCAUUCGGUAGGAAUGUUGUCCAUCUUAAACAGCAAACAUCCUAAUAUGGUUGGUGCCAUUCAAGAGUACCCCUGGAUGAUGACUGGGUCUGGGAGGCCACCACCAGUUUAUGAUGUUCGGAGGCCAUCCCAAAUCAUUUCUUUGGAAGGAUGGGGUGCAUUAUGGAGAGGCCUUCGUUCUGGAGUUGCUCGAGACUCUAUAUUUGGUGGCAUAUUCUUCUCUACUUGGGAAUUUUUGCACCGAGCAAUGUUAGACUGGAAGGCAGUCGGGAUGCAUCCCCCACCCAGGUAUGAUGAAGAAAUUGGUCCACUCUCCCCUUUAGCUGUUAGUCUUGCAGCAGGGUUUUCAGGUUCAGUUGCUGCUGCUGUAUCUCACAGUUUUGACACUGCCAAAAGUCGAUCACAAUGUAUAGUAUUGCCCAAGUUCAUUUCAAUGGAGAGAAAGCUUCUCAAGUGGAAAAUAGCUGGGAAAAGAUUUGAGAGAAUUACAGGGAUUCACCCUGCAGACAGAAAUCUCUUAUAUCGUGGUAUUUGGCCACGGAUGGCUCGUAGUGGGAUAGCAUCAUUCAUGUUAGUGGGAAGUUAUUAUUUGUCCAUUAAUUAUCUUGUUUCAAGUAAUUGAUACUUUGAGAGCUAUACAUCAGAAAGAGCUUUUAAGGGGGGAAAAAGGAAAUAGGAGAGAGUUAAGUGCUGUUGAGAAUGGUGGGUUUGUGGGGAAGAAGGGGAGAGAUUAGAAAAGAAACACAUUUUAGCAGAGUGUUACACAAAUAUCGAAUCUACAUACUACAUCGAUGAAAGGAUAAGAAUGCAAAAGACUGCGUUAAGAUGACUUAAGUGGUAUGUUCGGUUGUCUGCAUGCAGUCUUUUCUUUAAAGUCCAGUGCAGAAAUAUUGGAUUGAAGCUGUAUCGCCAUAGGUCUGGUAAGUCUAUUCUUGCUUGGAAACGAUGAGAGGCUUUGAAUUUAAGGAACUUGAAUGUGCAUUUGGUUGCCGCCCACAGCCACAGUGAAAAACAAGCUUAAAUUUAUGAUUGCAGUGCAAUUAGUUUGUCAGCCAUCAUUAACAAUGUCAUUUUAGCUGUUCGUAAAAAUUAUACUGACUGAUUUGAUACCAUUUACACUAAUUAAAAUGAUGAUGCUUUGCAUA